AUGGUGAAGGAUGGAGGACUUGAUGCUUGUGAAUGGUGUGCAGCCACAAACUGGCGUAUCGAGUCCAAGGGAGACCACGCUUGUUUUCGAUGCAAGAACAAGGAUUGUCGGGCAUCUAAGUCGGGUUUGAGCGAAGACCAGGACAUCUUCGGCAAAAAGAUCGCCCUUCGUUCCUUGGUUGGUGCUCUCUGGCUGUUUCUUGCACCCAUUCAGAUGAGUCCAGAUCAGACUGGAUUGAUCUUGGGUUUGGAUCAUCGGACAGUGCGGGGUCUCUUCAACAACUUCCGCUCUUGGUUGAGUCCAAUAGUUGACCGGCUGAACGAGGACUUGGUGAUUGGUGCGUUGGGUGCAGAUGUGGAGCUCGAUGAGAUUAGCUUCAGAUCGAAGGCGCUUGACGACAAGAUCCUGUGGAAUCGUUAUGCCAGCCGUCAAGCGUGGAAGUGCUAA